UGCAAUUUCGAACGUACACCUAAAAGACGCAGUUUCAUUCUCGUAGUAACAAAAAGUUGCAUAAACUAGUGUUCGAGGGCGAAUAUUGAUUAAGGGUUCGUGAGUUGCGCGUGUGUGCGGUCACCCCUCUUGAAAGAGGCGGUGCGCGCGCCUGUGUGCGUGUCUGUUCGCCUAGUGCCCAUGUGCCGGCCGCGCGCCCGGUGCCUUGUGUUCCUGUGCCCACAGAAGCAAUUGUUAAUGUAAUACGUAACCAACUAGCUAAUAAUUAAAAUAGUUAACGAGGACGUUGUUACAAUGUUCAGUCUCAAAGAAAUGUAAAUCGUGACGCGAACGUUCCUAGGGCGGCUAUUACGGCGCACUGAAAAUCAAUAAGCGUCGCGGAGAUCGAAUGUUUCAUACGUCUUCUGACAGUGUUUGCUACGUGCAGAAUCACGGCCAUGUGCAGUGUACGAUCCUAUUUUAUAUUUCAGUGAUAUCGACGCGACGAUAACGCCGUCGACUUUCCGAUGUUCAAUCACAAGUUACCGACUGACUUUCCAAUGCAAACCCUUCGUAAGAAAACCAGCCCUUGCAAAUACAAGAACGAGCCCGGCCGGUUCCUGGGCGAGGGCGUGUCGUUCCGUGCGAAGCUGAUCGGCGUGCUGGAGGUGCCGGAGGCGCGCGGUGACAGGAUGUGCCAAGAGGCGCUGGCCGACCUCAAGAUGGCUAUCCGCGCUGCCGGCGAGCACAAACAGCGGAUACAGGUCCACGUCGCCAUCGACGGAUUGAGACUGCGCGAUGAUAAAACUGGGGACUCGUUGUAUCACCACCCGGUACACAAGAUAUCAUUCAUCGCGCAAGAUAUGACGGACUCCCGUGCUUUUGGAUACAUUUUUGGCUCCCCUGAUACAGGGCAUCGGUUCUUCGGUAUCAAGACUGAUAAAGCGGCUAGUCAAGUAGUUAUAGCUAUGAGGGAUCUAUUUCAAGUGGUGUUUGAACUCAAGAAAAAAGAAGUAGAAAUGGCGAAACAACAGCUGGAAGGCAAAUCUGUGACAAAUAGUCUUCUUAGACAUACAAGUACAGCUGCUGAGACUAAAGUUAAGAGUGUAUCAUCAGCGGGGGAGACUAGUGGUGCGGCGAAGGGGGGUGAGAGCGGUGCGGAGGGCGGAGUGGCGGAGCUGGUGGACCUUGAACAAGAGCUGUGCUCGCUGCGGCGAGGUCUGACACAGGUCGAGGGUCUCACCCCCUCCACCGACCCCUUCGGCGACUCCUUCUUGGCACCUUCGACGAAGGGGCUGUUGCCGCCUCCGCCUGGCGCUAGCAGCCGCGGCCGCAGCACUCCCGCCAGAGCCGCCUUCAGCCCCAACAAGCCGCCCGCCAUGUCCUUCGACCUCAGCGCCGUCGUCGGCGACUUCGAACCCAAACCCGCCUCGCUCGUCGACAACUUGCCCGAACCACCAGUGACCCAGCCCGCAACGUCGGACACCUCGAUCACUUACGACGUAUUCACCGAACUAGACCCACUCGGCACCGGCCGGAGUAAACCUUACGUUGACAAAAAACUCUUCUUUCAGGAGCUCAAAAAUCCGCCAAAGAAAGUGCUCAAAGACCUCGUACCGUCGCACUCGCUCCUAUCCGAUAUAGUGCCGGUGACGAGCGAGGCCAAGGGCGAGGGCUACGGCCCCCCCACCACGAUGACGUCACUGACGCGCCACUCGGGCGGCUCGGUCGCGAUCGCCAAGCCCCCCCAGCCGCCCUUGUAUUCCGGGGCCUUUUUCACAUCAGACCCCUUCGCGGAGACCGAUCCCUUUGAUAGCACAGAUCCCUUUUCGGAUACUUUCAAAGAUGACCCGUUCACGAGCAUGCAGGAGUUUCCGAAGUCUAGCUUGCUGCUCAUCGACGAGACGAAGCAGAAGUUGAUCAGGGAGCUCGCCAUGGAGAGGGAGGUCGCCCAACCGGCGAAGAACGUGUUCAACGGGCCGCUGCAGGUCACGCUGCCGCCCGAGCCGUCGCCCAAGUCGCCCCGGCUGCAGAGACAGGCAACGGACACGAGCGCGGUACGUCAGCGGCCGCAGCCGAGCUCGAAGCUGACCGGCGAGAACCCCUCGCCGCCGCCACCCCUGCCUCCCAAGAAGAUGAUCGAGGUGUGCCUGGCGCGUCCUCCGCCGCGUCCGCCACACGAACAUGACCUGGACGCCGAGGACUCGGAGACCGGCCCGCCCCUGCCUCGACCCGCACGGAAAAGAGAACCUUUGGCGGACCGCAGCACGAAGCCGCGGUUGUCGUCUGCGGCGACCAACAGCAGUGAGGACGAGUACCUGACGCCGGCGCCUCCGCCGCUGCCAGCCGCGCGCCGCUUCGACAUCACCCUCAGCCAGCUCCUCACCUGCUCCAUGGACGACCUCGCCGCCAGACUUCGUGUGCCAGCCGUCACACUCUCCUCCAUGACUUUGCCACAGCUCACAGAUUACCUUCGGUCAUAUUUAGCAGCGGAUAAUGAGAGAGCGCAUAUUCAUGUAGAUCCGUCAAUAAGAGUGGAGAAAGAAAAAUCGGUAUCGUUAAUUCCUACCCCUUCAGCGCCGUCCGCAGAAAAACCGGUUUUAUCUCUGACCUCAAUAGCUGCUGAGUUUAAGCCUCAGUUCGAAGACAAUUUCGCACCUACAGAAUCCACUGAGACAUUUGUCGCUAACUUUGACGACUUCGAGAAGAAAGCAAAUCCGUCAUACGAUAGAUAUGCAGUGUUCAGAGAGAUACAAGCGCAAGAAUUAAAAGCUAAAUCUAUUCUAGACCCCGUAGAAAGCGAAACCAAUCAGACGGAAACGGACGGAAAAGAGGAAAAAACAGGAAUUGACGAUUUGCUGCAAGCUGAUCAAGAACUAGAGGAUAUAAAAAAAGAACCAGCUAAAAGCCCUCUUAAAACUCUAGAUGAAUUGACAUUGGAUUCGUUUAAUAUGUUUAGAAAUUCCGUCAGUCCUAAGCCGAUCGACGCUAAAAUAGAGGAUAUUAAGACAGUAAUGAAAAACUUACAAAUAAACGAAAACAUGAGACGUAGCGUGUCUCCCCGGGACAACGGUGUGGCCGAACCCAAACAUGAAAGUUCUAGCGACAAAUACGCUGCAUUGCGUGAAAUAACUAUCAUAGAACAAACACAAGAUGAAUUCGAAUCAUUACCUCCUGAAGUACCAAAAGAAAGAAAGAAAUCAGAUGAGAGAUCUGACGGGUUUGACAAUUCUGAUUUCUUUGAUUGUAUCGAUAAUAGCUCUCUAUCGUUUACGCACGUGGAAGAUGCAUUCAGAAAGAGUCCUAUUGUGAAAGAAAAAGAAGAAGAGAAGAUAAUUGAAGAGAAGAAGGAAUCUCCUGUGGAGACCAUACCUGUUAGAGAUAUACAGCCGUCCGCUCGUCUAUCUGCGGGUUCCAUCAGCGACGUCGUCAGCGGAUCUUCGCCAGAUACUAAAGAAAAGUGUGGGACGCGCGCCGGUCGCUGGGCGGUGCUGGGCGCGGGCGCCUCCCCGUGGUCCUCCGACAGUCGCGACUCCGAGCCACACGCGCGCACACGUCGCAGGCACCAUCAUGAUACACGCACUCAUAUAGUGCAAACGUCAUCCUCAUCCCGUGACGUGUCUCCCUGGGAUGAGGAGCCACCUCCAGUGAGCCGCUUGCAGCGUCCGGGUUCCAAGCAUAGAGACAGAGAUUCAAGGCAAAAUUCAUCAGGUUCCCGAGAAUGUCUCGACUCCGGCAGCGGGCGUGAGAAGGAGAAAGUACGAGACAAACGGGAUAGAGCGAGAGAUAGAGAAAUAAGUAGAGAUGGGAGAGAUUCAGCUAGAGACAGGAGAGACUCGGGUAGCGGAAGGGACAGACGUGAUGUGAGCAAGGAGCGGGAUCACAGGGAACACAGGAGGGAUCGCAGAAGCAGGGAAAGAGACGACACGUGGGACAGAGACAGAACAUAUAGUAGAGAAAGAAGCUACAGGGAUUCUCGAAGUAGAGAGAGACCGACGAAGGAUUACAGGGAGAAAGAAAGAGAUAGACAUAGAAAAGCGCGGCACUCGUAUGACGAGGACGAAGAUUACAGUGACGGGUGUGGGUCUGGACGCUCCUCGCCGCGGGCUCGCUGGACGGAGCAGCGCUGGCGGAGAGAUGAAAGGAACUACGGGUCGUUAGGAUGGAGGGAGACAAGAAGACGACAAGAAAUGAGACAGAGCGAAGAUCCAAACGACCGGAGAUAUGGAUCAACACUAGGCUGGCCGGGACGUAGGCCGGCUACGGGCAGCGUGUCGCGCCGUGAAUCAGAACGUGACACGCGUGACCCGGGCCGUGACCCGCGUGACUCGGGCCGCGACUCGCGUGACACGGGCCGCGAUUCCCGCGACUCGGGGCGCGAGUCGGGCCGUGACUCGCGCGACUCCCGGCGCCGAGCUCGCCGUGAGGAGCGUGCUCGUCGGGACUACCGAUUCUCCAAUGACUUCUCUCCCCGCGAGCGCGAGCACACGUCACCGUUUGACAACGACUUCCAAGACACGCCCACACCCGUCGCAAAGAAGAGGACGCCGUAUUCCAACUUAGAGGCGGCGAGAUUCGCGUUUGAGCCGGAGGAGACGACCGCAUCGCCGGUGUCUGCGAGCAGCGCGCGGCGCGACGGCGACUCGCCCGCAACACGAUUCCGAUUCGACUCCGACUCGAUGUCGCCGAGAUCCAUGUUCGAGGACGAUUUCGCGACGCUUUCGACGCCGAGAGGUCGGACCGCAUCUAUAGCUGAGGAAGACGAAGGUGAAAUACCACCUCUGCGUGCAAAACCACCGACACAAUCGAAUCGAGACAUAAAAAAAUCGGAAUCGGUUAAUAUAUUCACCCGGGAAUCGGAUCCGUUCGAAGGUGACGCGUUCUUCGCUUGCACGGGCUCGGACCGCGCAGCUCGCCGUGAGAACUGGCCCGGAGACUUCCAGGGCUUCGACAAUGCGUGA